AUGUCGAUGAAGAUUUUCGUAGUAGCUGCCCUCGUGGCUUGCGCCAGUGCCGGCCUAGUACCCGCCGACGUCGAAAUCACGACCGUCACCCCGGAGGACUUUGACCAUCAUCCCCAAUACUCGUUCAACUACGGAGUCUCCGACCCUCUGAGCGGCGACCACAAGAGCCAAGAAGAGACUCGUGACGGCGACAAAGUCAAGGGCAGCUAUUCCCUCAUCGACGCCGAUGGCACCAAACGCACCGUCGACUACACGGCCGACGACGUCAACGGAUUCAACGCCGUCGUCCGCAGAGAAGCCGCCGUGGCCGUAGCUGCCCCAGUCGUCAACACCGUCGUCCCGUCGUUGGUCAAGACCAUCUCUCCAGUCGUCCACACCUACCCUGCAGCUCCAGUAGUCUCUUACUCUUCUCCCAUCGUCCACAGAUAUGCCCAUAUUGCCCCAGCUUAUACCUACUCCCACGGUCAACUUGCCCAAGUCUACUAUUAA